AUGAGGUCGGUACUUGCACUUGCAUCGUCCCUCCUGGGGGCACAGGCUACUAUCUACUAUGCUGGCGUGGAUGAGUCCGGUGGUGAAUUUGGAGUGUAUGGAACCAAGGGCCAGGGACUUCCAGGCACCUUUGGUGUGGACUAUGCCUUCAUCAGCGAGCCAGCAAUCGACACUUACGUGGACCAGAACAAGGCCAAUCUGUUCCGAGUUGCGUUUCUGCUGGAACGGAUGGCCCCUCUUGAGUAUGGCCUAGGCUCCAAGUUCAACGAGACGCAUUUCGGUCACUUCAAGCAAGCUAUCGAUUAUAUCACCCUUACCAAAAACGCCUACGCGAUCCUCGACCCACACAACUACAUGAGGUACAACGACCCCAGUGCUCAGCCUUUCUCCGGAAGUGUCAUUGGCAACACGACCGACCCGACUGCAGCCACGACCGAGGACUUCGCCGCAUUCUGGGGCGAGCUAGCCUCACGAUUCGCAAAUAAUUCUCGGGUCAUCUUUGGCCUGAUGAACGAGCCACAUGAUAUGCCGACCACCCUGGUUCUGGAAAACGACCAGGCCGCAGUGGACGCCAUCCGUCAAGCCGGCGCCAAGAAUCUGAUCCUUGUGCCAGGUAACGCGUGGACUGGGGGCCACUCGUGGACGGAGAACUAUGGCGGCGACAACCUGCCCAGCUCUGACUACAUCUACCAGAUCAACGACACGGCCAACAACUGGGCCGUAGACAUCCAUGAGUACCUGGAUGUUGACUACAGCGGGAGCCACAUCGAGUGCACACAGCCAUUCGACACCAACCUCGCACCCCUGACGGCCUGGCUAAAGGAACACGGCCUCAAGGCGAUGGUCACGGAAUUCGGAGGGUCGAACACCACAGCUUGUGCUGACAUGCUCCGUGAUGCUCUGACGUACAUGGAGGAGAACGAGGAGUAUAUCGGAUGGGCUGCAUGGGCCGCGGGCCCCUUCUGGGGCUCCUACGCACCCUGCUGCUCAAAUUCCACACAGAUUGGCAGCCUCGAGCCUGGAAGUCUGGCGUCCGAUGGCUCGCCGGGCUUGUAUGAGACGGUGUGGAAGGCUGUCCUCGAGCCCCUUCUGCCAACGACUCUUCAAAGGUCUGGUCCAGCAAAUGUCAAUGGCACGGCAACCAGGGCGAGGAGGUCUGGUUUGUGGUACAGGAAGGCGAACUAA